AUGGCUCCCAGAGUUUCGCUGCUCCUCAUCCUUCUCCUUCCCGUCCUACUGCAGUUUCCCUGUUUGCAGCCUUCGUCUUCGUCCUCGGUGGUAACUGUCCGAGAGGACUGUUCCGAAAGCUGCGGCGGCGUCCCCAUUCCGUAUCCGUUUGGCGUCGGCGAGGGAUGUUCCAGGGAUUCCAAUUUCGACGUAUACUGCGACAGAACCUCCACGCCUCCGAAGCCUUUACUAUUCUCGAAUCAGAGCAACGUAGAGAUCCUCAGCGUGAGCCUUCUGGAGGGCAAGCUUCGGUUUCCCAUGUUCGUGAGCAAAAUAUGCUAAAACGACAGCGGGUAUCAGAUCGGCAACGACAAGAGCAACGAGUGGAUCGAUCUGAAGGGCUCUAAUUAUGUGUUCUCGGAGAUGGACAACGUAUUCACGGGGAUCGGAUGCCACACCUUCGCAGUCAUCAAUGCCACGGGCGAAUAUACCUGCAUAAGUGGCUGUGCUACUCUCUGCAGUAGCCCGUCCAACACCGUCGACGGUAAUUGCACCGGCAUGGGUUGCUGCGAGGCCUCCAUUCCGGGGGAUCUCGACUUCUAUCGCCUGCGUUUUCCCACGUUUAUCCAACCGUCUCCGGUUGUCCAUUUCAGCGAGUGCAGCUACGCCUUCCUCGUAGAGAAGGAAUCGUAUGAGUUCAGGAAAAACCAUAUCUAUGACUUCGACAAAUAUUCUAAGCAGCUGCCCACAGUGCUCGAUUGGGUCGCGGGGAAGGACAAGUGUGAGAAGGCCAAGCUUAAAACAAGCUCGUAUGCGUGCAUCAGCGGCUACAGCGAAUGCUACGACUCUGCCGAUGGCCGUGGAUACCGCUGCAAUUGCUCAAACGGUUACCAAGGAAACCCUUAUCUACGCAACGGAUGCCAAGGUUGGUCUCUCUCCUUCCCUCUCUCUCUCUGUAUCUAUCUAUCUAUCUGUCUAUCUAUCAAUCAACCAAUCAAUCUAUCUCCCUCUCUAUCUCUCUACACAUCAAAUAAUGCUCUUAGAUUACGAUUCCACUUAUCAUCAUCUUAUUAUUUUUUGUAGACAUCAAUGAAUGCGACAUCCCCAGCAAAUGCCCCGCCAACAGCAAUUGCUUCAACACACUGGGGAACUAUAUAUGCGAGUGUCCGAAAGGCACCAUCCAUGAUCGACUAGAGAAUGCUUGCCAGAAGAAAGAAUUCACGAUAUUACCAUUGGGACUAGGUAGUCCUACAUACUUCAUUACUGUAAAGAUUUGAUAUAUCUAUGGCUUUAUCCCGUAAACUUUUCAUAGAGUUGUAUUGAAAAUAAAUCCAUGAUAAGACAACAUAAAUUCUUUCCGUGGAGAAUUGUCUAGUUAGGCUUUUAAACUGUAGUUCUGAUGGUUAUUGAUGACCAAGGACUACUCCUUUAGGAAGCCCUCAGAUUAUCUAUUUUUUGCCGUAUAUCUUUUGGAAAUUUACUUAUUUCUGUGUAUAUUUCUGAAAUGUUUCUCUUUUGUUGGCCACUCUUUUUCAUGAAUCAAACUCCGAACCUCUAGCAAUACCUGCACACGUUUGCCUUUGUAAUGUAUUUCAUCUAUCUGAUUAUCUCUCACUUACACUGGCUUUGAAUAAAAAUCUCGAUCCAUUAAUAUAUAUAAAAAAAAUGGAAAGUAAUUCUUCUAAUGCAUACCCUGAACUACCUUUGGCUUCCGGACGUGCAGGACUGAGCACUGGGCUUUUCCUUCUGAUCAUACUUGGAUCUUGGAUAUAUUGGGGACUCUACAAAAUAAAAAUUAUGCUUUCAAGGAAGAAUUUUUUUGAAGAAAACGGAGGAUUGAUGUUAAAAAGCCAGAUUUCUUCGUUACCUGGAUCAACAUUUACCAUAUUCUCCGUGGGGCAGAUCGAGAAAGCAACGAAAAAGUUUAACAAUGAAAUGAUUAUCGGACGAGGAAGACAGGGCAUAGUUUACAGAGGAGUUCUGGACAAUAGAUUGGUGGCCAUUAAGAAAUCUCGAUCCAUUGAUGAGAGCCAAAGAAGUGAGUUUGCAAAGGAGAUGUUGAUCCUCUCCCAAAUCAAUCACCGGAACAUUCUCAAAAUAUUGGGCUGUUGUUUGGAAGUAGACAUACCUAUUCUGGUUUACGAGUUCAUUUCUCACGGCACUCUUUUCCAUUACCUCCACGGAGAGAACAAAUUUCGCUUAUCCUUCCUCGAACGAUUAAGAAUCACCAUUGAAUCUACAGACGCACUAAACUGUCUUCAUGCCCAAGCUUCUCCUUCGAUUGUCCAUGGUGAUCUCAAGUCUGCCGAUAUCCUUCUAGAUGGUAACCUUGCAGCCAAAAUAUCCGACUUUGGUGCUUCUAAGAUGGCACCCAUGGAUAAAGACCAGUUUGCUGCAUUAGUCCAAGGGACAUACGGUUAUCUAGACCCAGAAUCCUUGCAAACAUAUCAAUUGACUUCAAAAAGUUAUGUCUACAGUUUUGGGGUCAUUCUUGCUGACCUAAUUACGAGAAGGACGGCACUAUACUGUGAUAGUUUACAAAAGCAGAAGAAUCUUGCUUUGGAUAUCGUUUCUUCAGUGAGAAAUAACAGACUGCUAACAAUUUUGGAUGCCCAGAUAGUGAAUGAACAUCAUAUACCAUAUCUCCACGAUGUUGCAAUGCUUACAUGCCGAUGCUUGAGUAUGACUGGAGAUGAUAGCCCAACAAUGAAGGAGGUAGUCAUGGAGCUCGAAGGGAUCAGAAGUCUUGUUCUUUCGCAGGGGGUUUUGGAUAAAGUUGACGAGGCAGUGCCUUUGCUCGGAGGAGAACUAACUCCUUAUGAAAACAACACGUGA